UCGAAUGAUCCCAGUUGGUGGCCACUCAUCAAUGCGACUCGCAUUGGCAGCUAUUUUAUAGGUUUGUCGAGAGCUAAUUGAACGAUGACGACGGUGUCUCGAUCUAAUGGUCUAUGGUUACGCAGUUGCUAUUUGUGCUGGGGUGAUAUACGAUUGGGCCCUGACACUUGCACAAGAGAUCGAGCUUGUCUGGAGGCAACGCUGGUCCCUUAUGACCUUUCUGUAUCUCAGUGUGCGCUAUCUUGGAAUGUUAUAUGCUGUCAUCAGUAUGCUGUGCCGGAAUCUGUACAUCGUACAGGAUUUGACAAUCGUUGUGGCAUUUCCGAUACUUUGCGUCAUCAUGAUCGCUCGACUAUAUGCCAUGUAUCGACGAUCCCGAAAGAUGCUAAUAUUUCUCGUCACCAUCUUCCUGGCUGACAACAUUUUCAACGGAGCGGUCACCGCAAUAGGGAUCAAGCAUACUUCGAUGGAGGCAUUCAUUCUCUCCGACACCUAUCAAUGCAUGAUCAACAAUAUGGACGAUACCUCACUUCUGAGUUCCAUGACUUGGAUAUUCGCUAUUGUGUGGGAGGUUCUUGCACUGUAUCUCGCAAUUCGGAUUGCUGUAAUACACUUCCGUGAACUGCGACGACAUUCUGCUGGAGGGAUUAUCGAGGACUGUUUCACUGUGUUGAUGAAAUUUCACGUCAUUUACUUUGCAAGUUUUUUUGUUGUUUCUUGCUUCCAAAUCGGUCUUUUGUCCCCAACGCUCUCAUCGGAUCAAUUCUCCUUGGAAACGCAGAUUUAUGUUGGCUUUCUUCAAAUUUUCACGUUCAUCCAGAUAUUUGUGCUAGGACCGCGGCUGAUCCUCAGUAUUCGAGAAUUCAACGCUAAGCUCGUGACCGACUCUGACACAGCAAGUAUCAUGACUUCAAUCGCUUUUCAGGAGCGCGUGCACGUGCCAACUAGCAGCAGUGUAUAAUGGGAAAUGUUCGUUGUAAAUUACACUUGUUGGACAUGCUCUGCAGAGAGCGGGAGAAUUGCUUCUAUUUAUUCAAAGUUACGGACAUGUGGAGCGGCUGUUUAGACGAUAGGUUGCGAGAUAUAGCACGAGCUUCCCUGUUUUGAUCGAUCGAAGCAAAUACGCAGGAAACGCACAAACCUAUAUCUAGUCGAUCUGCAUUACAUGAGACUGCAGUGAUGAUCCAUCAGCAGUCUUCAAGCGCCUGUACUCAGGCCUCGAGGCCUCAUGUUGUAGCCAGAGAGGGAAUAAGCCCCAAGGUGAACAAACAUCAACAAAAUGACCUAGAA